AUGGGGGUGCUGAUGUCCAAGCGGCAGACGGUGGAGCAGGUGCAGCGGGUCAGCCUGGCCGUGUCCGCCUUCCGGGACGGGCUGCGCGAGCGGCCGGCCGCCAAGGGCGCCUCGGAGGGAGCCGGCAGCCGGCGGGGGACCCUGGAGGACGCCGCGCAGGAGCCGGCCUGCGAGGAGGCGGGCGAGGGCCCUUCGGCGGGGCCCUCGCGGCUCCGGAGGGCCGCCUGGGAGAGGCUGCGGGACGGGCGAGGGGUGGAGCCUGAGGAGUUCAGCGGGGGCAGCGCCCUCACGCCCCCGGCCGUUGCCCGCCCCUCUCGGCAGCCGGGCGAGGACGAGCCCCUCGAGAUCAGCCUGGGCCAGCGAGAGCAGGUGAGCAACGACGAGGUGUGCGAGGUGUGCGAGGUGUGGACGGCGGAGAGCCUGCUGCCCUGCCGCGUGUGCACCAGGGUCUACCACGACGGCUGCCUGCGCCGCAUGGGCUACCUUCCCCUCGCCGCGGCCGCCGAGGUCAUCGAGGCGGCCCACGCAGAGACCGGCUGGAGCUGCCACUGCUGUGACAACCUCAACCUGCUGCUGACAGAGGAGGAGAUGACCAGCCUGUCCGAAGCCCUCCAGCAGCACAGCGUCGCCCCUGAGAGCAGGCUCAGCCUGGACAGCUUCUUGCGCUACAAGCGCCUGGCGCAUCCGCAGGAGGCCGGCGGGCUCGGCGAGGAGGCCCAGCAGGAGCGCGACACCCUGCAGUUCGCGGCGCUGGACCCCGAGAAGACCGGCCGCGUCGAGUGGGCGGACUUCCUCUCCCAUGAGUCCCUCUUGCUGCUGCAAAGGACGCGCUCGCAGAACGCCUUGCUGCGCCUGCUGACGGCCAAGGAGCGCGAGAGAGCGCGGGACGCCUUCCUGGCGCUGGACCAGCACCGAGACGGGCUCAUCAGUGCGGCGGAGAGCCAGCACGCCCAACAGACGUGGUUCCGCAAGCGGCACAAAGAGGCGCCGUCCUGCAACGUCAGCGUCAGCCACGUGGGGCCCCUCUCCGAAGGCAGCCCGGCCAGGAGCGACGGCAGCAAAAGCCCGGACAAGAUCCUGCCGGACCCGGAGCCAGAAGAGCCGAGCCGAACAGUCGACUGGCCGGCCUUCCUGAGGGAGAGCGCCAUCUACAUCCUCGCCGCUCGGCCCAACAGCCCCGCCGUCCACCUCCAGCCGCGGGCCUGA